AUGGACAACCGGGGGCCCAUUGCCCAGGGCUGCUCUGUGGUUCUGUUUCAGUGGAGUUCUUUAGGGCGUGGGAUGCAGCGUCCUCGGCCACUCGUACGCCUGAUGCUGUCGGGACACUCAAAAGUGGGCAAGUUUGGUCAGAACAGAGAGGAAAGAAGGGGAACUGUAAUAGCAUGGAAAGCUGCGGACACGGCCGUUCCCUGCUCGUCCAGCAGCACACGGGAAAGCUGGUACUGCCGCUGGUGUCCAGGCAGAGGACAUUCCCUCUGGACACACACACUGACGAGAGAGCAAGCGGCCCGGAGGAAUGAGGCUGCCCAACCUGGAGCACCUACCAGGUGGCCUCCAGGAAAAGAGGCUACUGGGAAUGGACCACUGGUCAGAUUAAACGUCCUCAUAGGCCACAGGCUGAGGACUACUCGUGUAGUGAAAUUACUGCUUAUCCUCAGAGGAUUCUUCCUCUUGAUGGAUGCCCAUAUGCAAGACAUUUUUCUUACCUGUUCUCUCACUGCUCUGCCUGCGAGGCUGUGUAGACUUGAAGUUCCUCGUUGGAAGGGUUGUGUUUGUUCCAUUGCUCUUCCAUGCGUUGUGGGGGAGUGGAGUCAUUGGAGCGGCUGUGCAGAACAAUGUCAACCUGACCUGCGGAUACGUAGGCGCUAUGUACAACAGGAACCUAAAAAUGGUGGGGAACCUUGUCCUGCUCUAGAAGAGAAGGCUGGCUGCCUGGAAUACCUGACUUACCAGGGAGAGGACUGCGGCCAUGAACAUGUCCCUGCUUUCAUAACUACCUCUGAAUAUGGUAAAGAAAGAAAACGACGAGCAGCAUCUUCUCUCUGGCCUUCAGACAAAGAAGCAGCUGGAUAUUGUGUGGAAUUUAAAACAGAAUCACUUUCACACCACUGUGCUUUGGAGAAUCGGCCGUACGCUCGAUGGAUGCAGUACCUACGAGAAGGACAUACUGUGUGUGUAGCUUGCCAGCCUCCAGCUAUGAGUACUGACACGCAUCGUUGUUCUGGAGAUGGCCAUAACGCAGAUGGAGGUAAAAUCUUACACUGGGAAGCAGUUGGCAACUCUCAGUGCCAAGGAACCUGGAAGAAGAUUCGGCAACUGGAGCACUGUUCAUGUCCCCUUGUGCAUAGCUUUAUUUUUACAUAAAAGUUUAAAAGACCUUUAAAACAGCAACAACAAAAAGAUUAAGAAAAUUGACAUCAAUGCCAAGAAACCUACAUCUUUCUGCUGCAUUUUCUGGAGCCUAAACGAACUUUAAAGGAGUCAGAACUUUGGAAGAAGCAUUUUGGGAAACUCUCUCUGCUUUAAUACAAAACGCUAAGACUGAUCUUUGUAUUAGAACACUAGAAGCAUGUUUCCAUGUUUCUCUUUUGUAAUUAAAGAGCUAAUGUUUCUAACUGUAGUAGCCGCUUUUCCUAAAGCUCUCGUUCUUUACUGGCCCCAGUUCUGUCUACAGGCACUGCUCCUACUCACUGGUGAGCCAGCCAAACAUUCUCAAGUCUGAGAAUAGUUAUGUCGUCAUUAAGUAGCAAGGGUGAAUAAAAAUGAAAGUUUGAGAGC